AUGAAAGAUACCAAAUUAUUGGAAACAUUAUCCAAUGAUUACAGUUUACUUCUUGAAUCUGGUGAGCUUGUUGAUGUUCAAAUUCAAGCUGGCGAAGACUCAGACCCCAAAAAUUUUUAUAAGGCCCAUUCAAUAGUUUUAUGGUCUCGCUCAAUAUAUUUUCGUUCUGCAUUAUCGGAAGUCUUAGAAAAUAAUGCAAAUAUUCCUAUUUCUAUUAAAAUUUCUCAAAUUAAUCAUAAAUUAUUUGGAAUUCUUCUUAAGUACAUUUAUGAUGGUACUAUUGACCUUGAAAAUAUCGAAUUUCAAGAUAUUUUAUAUCUUAUGUUGGGAGCUAAUGAACUAAAGCUUUUAAAUCUUGUAGAUUACUUGCAAGAAUAUUUAUCAAGAAAUAAAAAUAUUUUAAAAGAUCAUUUUUUCUUUAUUAAUAGAAUAUGCAAGGAAAAAUUCAAAAAAUUAGCUAGUUUAUGUGACAUUAUUUUAAUACAAGAAACAUUUGCUAUCUUAAAUUCUCCAGAAAUCCUAUCUAUAAGUCAAGAAGAGCUUUUACACUUUUAUGCAAAUCUUCCUACCACUUGCAAUUCUUUUUCUGAAAUUAUAUUAUGGGAAAAGCUCAUUGACUGGGCAAUUGAACAAUUGAAAAAAGAAAAAACAUCUCAUUUGGAAAUUGAGAAUAAUUCACUCUUGAGAAAUUCUCCUCCUGAUACCAUCAUUACUUCACCUUUUGAUAAUUCAAAAUUAACUGAUGAAGAUCAAUUCAUUCUAAAAAAAUUGAUAGAACCUUUUAUUUCUUUCAUUAAUUUUAAAAUCAUUAGUAAGAAUGAAUUUUUACAAAAAGUUCGACCUUGGAAAAAUAUUUUAAAUGAUAAUUUUUAUAUUCAACUUUUGGAAUAUCAUACUUUUAAUAAUAUACAACAACAAAUUCCUCAACAUUCUCAACUUAAUAUUCCAUCUUCUCAUCCUCAUAAUUCCUUCAAAGAACCUCCAAAAAUUGAUUAUUAUCAAGAACCUCUUUCAUCUUCUCAGUUGUUGACACAAUUGGCACAGUUGUCAGAGUUACAACAAUUGCCACAAUUGCCGCAAUUACCAGCUAUUAAUUCUUCUCAUAAAUCAUUUGUUCCAAAGUCAAUCACUUCCAAUUUUUCAUCACCACCAGAAAUAGAAGAAUUAGACAAUAAUUCAACUAUAAUUAAUGCCGAUCACUUUAAACAAAUCAAUAAAUGGAUUAACAAAGUAUAUGGGAGAAAACAAGACGCAUAUUAUGAUUUUAAUAUAUUAGUACGAGGAUCAGUAAAUGGAUUUACUCCUGAAGUCUUCCACGAAUAUUGUGAUAACAAAGGAGCUACCAUAUCUCUCUUAAAAGUAAAAGGUGAAAACAAAGUUGUUGGUGGAUAUAAUCCAAAAAGUUGGAUUACGCCUGAAGAGGACAAACAUAAAUAUACAGUCACCAAACUAAGCUUCAUAUUUUCUAUAGAUUUGGAUAAUAAUGAAAAUUCGAUAUUUAGCAAAGUGGAAAUAUAUCAAUUUGCAGUACUUAACAAAGGAGACAUUGGUCCUUCUUUUGGCAGAUUUAAUGAUUUGGUGGUAUGUGGAAAAAAUUUCAGACAUUGUAGAUGUAAGAAAGCUGCUUAUGAAACACAAAUUAGAGAAGAUAAUAAAUUUGGAAUUGAAGAACUUGAGGUGUAUAGUGUUAUCAAAAGCAUUAUUUGA